AUGGAUGGAGAUGUGGAGUAUGACAAAGUUGAAGAAGUUGUGGGCAGCCACGUUGAAGACGCUGUAACGUUUUGGGCACAGGAUGUCAGUAGAUAUAAUGACCUCCUGAAGUUAAGUUAUGCUCUGGCAGAAGUUUGUCCCCAGGCUAAUGCAGUUUUUGGCAAACCUGAUUUUAGUAAGGUUUAUGGUGGCUGUUUUUCUGAAGAUAGGUGUUGGUACAGAUGUGUGGUACAGCAAGUGAUCGACAAUGAAAAGUGUCAGGUAUUGUACAUCGACUACGGAAAUUCUGAGGUUCUGAAUACAUCAGACCUAGUUGAAAUUCCACCCAACUUGCAGUGCCCAGGUGUUGCCAAUAAGUGCAGGCUCUGGGGACUGAAGAUAUCAACUGAUCAGAACUUAAGCAUGUUUGACCAGGGGAAGGUGUUCUUGAGCCACCUAGUCUUUGGAAAAAAAAUAAAAAUAUGUCACAAAGCCAAGCGUGAAGAUGGUACCAUUAUUGCCCAGGUGGAAUAUGAAAAAAUAGAUGUUGGAGAAGAGGUGGCCAAGGCAGGGUUUGCUUCAAAAUGCAGAUUCUCAGGAAACCUUGAAGAUGUGGGAGAGAGAAAAGUAGAUGUCAUGCAAAACCAGCAUCGGAGAGUAAGAGUUUCGGUUCCACUGUGGGUGAACCGGUCUGAUCACGCGCUGUACAGCAUCCCGAGAGGGCUUUCUGACCGAGAAGCUGCCAGCACAAGGAAUCAGAAUUUUACUGGAAACCGUGUGUUUGCCCCAAAGGAAAAAAAGCCAGCUUCUACCUCAGUGCCAGACACCAGCUUGGAACAAAUAAGACCAGAUCAGAAGCUGUGUGAGGAAAGAAAAUUUCUCAGAAGGGAGGAACUGGAACUGAAGGUUCAAUGGCUGGAACGUGAACUUCAGAGAGAGAAGGAAGCGUCCAGGAAAACUAAUUACAUUGGAAUGAAAAUGAGAAAUUUGGCUGCUAAGUUGAAGGCAUUGAAAGAAGUUAGACGCACCGAUAAGAAGAGUCAUUUUGUGGAGCAGCUCUCACAAGCCAUAAAAGUAGUUACAGAAGAGUGUCUCACUGUUCAGUGUUCCUUGGAAAAUUUGCAGAAGAUUUGGACAGAGUACGACUUGGCUCAGGAGAGGAUUCGGUUAUGCAGAAAUGUGGAUGAAAAGGAUAAAUUGAUUACCAAGAGAGAUGAGGUGCAGCAGAACUUGUAUUCAGCAGCAGAAGAAUUCAUUUUGAAAGUGGAUCAACUGCCCCUCUCUGAGCGCUCAGGAACAUUACAGGAACUGUCUGCUUCUCUGGAGAUGGUGUUCGGUCAAGGUUCUGAAGCAGAUGACUCCGAGGAGGUAUUUGAACAGUUCUUUAAGUGGAAAUGUGUUAAAAUGGAGAAAUUAACUCGUGUCAGGAGUUAUACGGACAAAGCUCUGCAGAUACUUGCUGACUGGCUCAGUGGAAUCUUAAAGUACUUUGAUCUGAUGUCAGAAACAUCCUCAGAUUUAGAGAAAGAGGUUGACAAUACAGAUGAAAUCCUCCAGCAGUUUGAGUUGGCUGUUUCUGAAGGACUGGAUACUGACUUAAAUGAGCAUGAUGCAGAGAAGGACAUAAUUAUGAGUGCUUACAAUAAAGUUAUGUAUAACAUUCGUCAGGAGCAAAGUAUGAUCACUGUCAUACAGAACAGAUACGUGGCCAGUGUUGAGUUCAAAAAACAGGCUGAGAAAUGGCUGAACAGAAGACCUGAUAUUGACAACUUAUUAUCAAUCAAGAAAACUGUGAAAGGCUUGAAGGCCCAGUUAAGGUGGAAGCUGGUUGAAAAGAACAACUUAGAGGAAUCUGAUGAUUACAGUGAGUUUGAAAUGACAGGAAUGAAAGAGGAAAUUGCUCAUCUGAGAAAUAGAGUUCUUAAUGAAAUACUCAAGGAACAAGAAGAAUAUGAGCAGCUUACGUAUUUGGCACAGGAAUGGUUCCCUGAGUUACCACUUCUUUAUCCAGAAGCAGGAAUUCUAAACUAUAUGAACUCUGGUGGACUUGUGACACGCAGCCUGGAGCGAGACCUUUUGGAUACUGAGCCCAUGAAGGAACUGAGCAUGAAGCGACCUUUAAUGUGUUCGGAAAUUCAAGGCCAGAAGGUUCUUUUAAAGGGAUACUAUGUAGAUGUAAGCGCAGAAGCCAAAGUGAUAGAAAGAGUUGCCAAGUAUUACAGAGCUUGGGAUCAGCAGAAGGAGAAAUCUGGAUUAUUACAACUCUUGUUCCUUCUUUUCUGCAAGUCUGAUCCUUUGGUAUAUUUAAUGGUCCCCUACUACCCAGGAGCAAGUCUGGGAGCUUUACAGGCUGAUACACCUUUAACUUUAGAAGAGGCAUUACAAGUGAUGAAAGGAGUGGCCCAAGGUCUACACACAUUGCAUGGAGCUAAUAUAGUACAUGGAUCUCUGCAUGGAAGUAAUGUUUUUGCUGUGAAUCGAAAACAAGGAAUUGUUGGAGACUUUGAUUUCACAAAAUCAGAGGAGGAACGUGCUGCUGCAAACACUAUGGUGGUCAGUACCCUGAGCUUAGUUUCUCCUGAACUGAAGAUGGGACAGCCAGCUUCUCCAGCCUCGGACAUGUAUGCUUAUGGCUGCCUUCUGCUCUGGGAUGAUAAAGUUAAAUCUCUUCUCCUGAAGUUGUUCUGCUGUAACAGACUGACAGCUGAGCAGGUGCUGAGGGAUGAUUGCUUCCUUGCAGUUGAUGCGAUUCCAGUUUCACUACAACCAAGUGAAGAGCGUGAGCCAUCUGAAGAACAUGAUUCUGAGAAGACAGAUGAAAAAAAACCUCUCAACAAUUAA